AUGCAGACUUUCUACACUGAUUCUGUUCCUGAGGAUGCCCUUCCUGGCAAGCUGAUAAUGCAGGUAUCUGCUACAGAUGCAGAUGUUCGUUCCAAUGCAGAAAUUGCUUACACACUUCAUGGUACAGGAGCAGAAAAAUUCAGACUCACUCCAGACACAGGUGAACUGAAAACAUUAAUGCCACUUGAUCAUGAGCAGCAAGCAGUUUAUUAUCUUCUAAUGAAAGCCACAGAUGGAGGAGGAAGAUUCUGCCAAGCUAAUAUUGUUCUGACUCUGGAAGAUGUGAAUGAUAAUGCCCCAGAGUUUACAGCUGAUCCUUACUCCAUUACAGUAUUUGAAAACACAGAGCCUAAAACGCUUCUGACAAGAGUGCAGGCAACAGAUGCAGAUGCAGGGAUGAACCAUAAAAUCCAUUAUUCGCUGGUGAGCUCUGCAGAGGGCCAGUUCUCUAUUGAUGAAUUCUCUGGAAUCAUUCGGUUGGAGAAGCCUUUGGAUCGGGAAUUACAACCUGUGUACACUCUGACUUUGAAGGCUACAGAUGAAGGCUUACCUAGAAGAUUGUCUUCAAUAAGUACCCUUAUAGUUUCUGUUUUGGAUAUAAAUGAUAAUCCACCAGUAUUUGAGCAUAGGGAGUAUAGUGCAAGCAUAUCAGAGGACAUUUUAGUUGGAACUGAAGUUCUCCAGAUCUACGCUGCAAGCAGAGACAUUGAAGCCAAUGCUGAAAUCACAUAUUCAAUAGUCAGUGGGAAUGAACAUGGAAAAUUCAGCAUCAAUUCAACAUCAGGAGCCAUUUUUAUCAUUGAGAGUUUGGAUUAUGAAAGUUCUCACGAGUACUACCUGACAGUGGAAGCCACAGAUGGAGGCACACCUUCAUUAAGUGAUGUUGUAACUGUGAAUAUUAACAUAACAGAUAUCAAUGACAAUACUCCAGUGUUUAGCCAAGACACUUACACUGCAGUAAUCAGUGAAGAUGCUAUGCUUGAACAAUCAGUCAUUACAGUUAUGGCAGAUGAUGCUGACGGACCUUCAAACAACUGCAUUCACUACACAAUUGUAGAUGGCAAUCAGGGAAAUCCUUUUACAAUUGAUCCUGCCAGGGGUGAAAUAAAAGUGACUAAACUUCUAGACAGAGAAAAGAUUUCAGGAUAUACCUUGACAGUUCAAGCUUCAGACAAUGGAAACCCACCUAGACGUAACACAGCCACAGUUAAUAUUGAUGUUUCUGAUGUAAAUGACAAUCCUCCAGUAUUCUCAAAAGGAAACUAUAGUGUCAUUAUUCAGGAAAAUAAGCCUGUUGGAUUUAGUGUGCUGCAGCUAGUGGUGACAGACAAGGAUUCUUCUCACAACGGCCCUCCUUUUCUCUUCACCAUCCUGAGUGGAAAUGAAGAGAACACUUUUCAGAUUAACCAGCAGGGAGUACUGACAACAAAUGCUGCACUGAAUCGCAAAGUCAGGGAUCACUAUUUACUUCAUGUUAAGGUGGCAGAUAAUGGAAAACCACCGUUGUCAUCUUUUACUUACAUUGACAUUAGAGUUAUUGAGGAAAGCAUUUAUUCUCCAGCAAUUUUGCCUCUAGAAAUCUUUAUUACAGCCUUUGGGGAAGAAUAUUCAGGUGGUGUCAUUGGAAAAAUUCAUGCAACUGAUCAAGAUGUUUAUGAUACUUUGACAUACAGUCUGGACCCCAAAAUGGAAUCCUUGUUCUCUGUGUCCAGUACUGGUGGCAAAUUAAUAGCACAUAAAAGGUUAGACAUAGGACAGUACCUCCUAAACGUCACUGUAACAGAUGGAAAAUUUACAACUGCAGCUGAUAUUACGGUACACAUCAGACAAAUCACACAAGAUUUACUAAAUCACAGCAUUGCAAUACGCUUUGCAAACCUUGCCCCUGAAGAAUUCAUUGGUGAUUACUGGCGCAAUUUCCAGAGAGCUUUAAGAAACAUCUUGGGCGUGAGGAGAAAUGACAUCCAGAUAGUUAGUUUGCAGCCUUCUGAACCUCCUUCAAACCUCGAUGUCCUCCUGAAUAUUGAAAAGUCUGGUAGCUCUCAGCACCCUAUGAGAAUUUUGCUUCACAAAAUAAACUCUUCUGUGCCUGACCUAGAGGAGAUUUUAGGUGUCCGGAUAAUUGAUAUUUUCCAUAAGCUUUGUGCAGGCCUAGAUUGUCCUUUGAAAUUUUGUGAAGAAAAAGUAACAGUGGAUGAGAAUAUCAUGUCAACCCACAGCACAGCCAGGUUGAGCUUUGUCACUCCUCGUCAUCACCGAACAGCAGUUUGUCUUUGUAAAGAAGGGAAAUGCCCCCUGGUGAAUAAUGUGUGCGAAGGAAACUCAUGCCCUGAAGGUACUGAAUGUUUAGGAGAUCCAAAGGAAGGAAAAUACACCUGUGUUUGCCCAGACAGCAAAGCUGGACAGUGUCCUGCAUCAGUUGGCUCUGCUGUGACAUUUACUGGGAGCAGCUAUGUGAAAUACCGUCUUAUGGAAAAUGAGAACAAAGAAGAAAUGAAGCUGACAAUGAGACUUAGAACUUACUCUGCUCAUGCAGUUGUUAUGUAUGCUCGAGGAACAGACUACAGUAUCCUAGAGAUUCACCAUGGAAGGCUGCAGUAUAAAUUUGAUUGUGGCAGCGGACCUGGGAUUGUCUCCGUUCAGAGCAUUCAGAUUAACGAUGGCCAGUGGCAUUCAGUAUCCCUUGAAGUGGAUGGAAAUUACGCACGACUUGUUCUGGAUCGGGUGCAUACUGCGUCUGGUACUGCUCCUGGUACACUUAGGACACUAAACCUAGAUAAUCAUGUGUUUUUUGGUGGUCAUAUUCGGCAGCAAGGUACAAGACAUGGUAGAAGUCCUCAGGUUAGCAAUGGUUUCAGAGGCUGUAUGGAUUCUGUUGUACUUAAUGGACAAGAGCUCCCCCUAAACAGUAAGCCACGAAAUUAUGCACACAUGGAAGAAUCUGUAGAUGUGACUCCCGGAUGCUUACUGACUACCACAGAAGGUUGUUCAAGCAGCCCAUGUCAGAAUGGAGGCAUCUGCAAUGCACUGUCAAAUGGAGGUUACUACUGCAAGUGUGCACCUUUGUUUAUGGGAACUCACUGCGAUGUAAGUGUCAACCCGUGUGCUUCCAACCCUUGUCUUUAUGGUGGUACUUGCAUCCCAGUCAGUGAUGAUUUUAUCUGCCAGUGCCGAGGACAGUACACAGGCCAAAGGUGCCAGCUGGGUCCAUAUUGCAAAGACAAUCCUUGUAAAAACAGUGGCAAGUGUAUUGAUAGUUUGGAUGGACCUGUUUGUGAGUGCGAAGCAGGCUUUCGUGGAGAAAGGUGCCUGACUGAUGUCGAUGAAUGCAUGGAAAACCCCUGUCUUAAUGGUGCCCUUUGUGAGAAUACUUAUGGUUCAUAUCACUGCAAUUGUAGCCGUGGAUUUGGAGGAAAACACUGCACAGACAUUGUUCUUAACAAAUAUGUUUCAACAUCUUGGAACAUUAGCCUAGCUGAAGUGAUUGGGAUUAUUGUUUUCAUUGCAGGAAUAUUCUUGUUAGUUGUGAUUUUUGUUGUUUGCCGCAAAGUGAUUAGUAGAAAGAAGAAGCACCAGCCAGAACCUGAAGACAAGCAACUGGGAGCUACAACAGCUUUCUUGCAAAGACCUUAUUUUGAUGCAAAAUUGAAUAAGAACAUCUAUUCUGACAUCCCACCACAGGUUCCUGUUCGCCCCAUUUCGUACACUCCAAGCAUUCCAAGCGACUCCAGGAACAAUCUUGACAGGAAUUCUUUUGAGGGGUCUGCUAUCCCUGAGCACCCAGAGUUUAGUACUUUUAACCCAGAUUCUGUACAUGGUCACCGGAAAGCUGUAGCUGUUUGUAGUGUAGCGCCAAAUUUGCCACCUCCACCUCCUUCCAACUCUCCUUCAGACAGCGACUCAAUACAGAAACCCAGCUGGGAUUUUGACUAUGACACUAAAGUUGUAGAUCUUGACCCCUGCCUUUCAAAAAAGCCCCUGGAUGAAAAGAGCUCCCAUCCUUAUAGUGCUAGAGAAAGCAUGUCUGAGGUCCAGUCUCUCAGCUCCUUCCAGUCUGAAUCAUGUGAUGACAAUGGUUAUCACUGGGAUACAUCAGACUGGAUGCCAAGCGUUCAGUUGCCAGGUAUCCAAGAAUAUCCAAAUUACGAAGUGGUUGAGGAAUCAGCUCCCCUCUACACGGAUCCAAAUGCCAUCGAUACAGACUACUACCCUGGCGGUUAUGACAUAGAAAGUGAUUUUCCACCUCCACCUGAUGACUUCCCUGCACCCGAUGAGCUUCAACCAUUACAACCAGAAUACAGUGACCAGUUUGAGUCAAUACAGCCACCCAGAGACAUGCCAGCUAUAGGUAGCUUGGGCUCUUCUGCAAGAAGCAGGCAGAGAUUUAAUCUUAAUCAGUACCUUCCCCAUCACUAUCCUGCAGACAUGGCAGAACCUCAGACCACAACCAGUGGUGUCAAUGGCAGUUGCAGAGAACCUUAUGUUCCUUACUCAUUAGGGUACAGUAGAGACUUUGAAGCACCCGCGGUAGACAACAUGUCCAUGUCUGUGUAUGCUUCCACAGCUUCAUGCUCUGAUGUGUCAGCAUGCUGUGAAAUGGAGUCUGAAGUCAUGAUGAGUGACUAUGAGAGUGGAGACGAUGGCCAUUUUGAAGAUGUGAAAAUUCCUCCACUUGAUUCCCAGCAACAUACAGAAGUCUGACACACUCAACAAAAGUGCCUGGACUCUAACAAACUAUCAAUUCUAGAACAACUUUCAAGAGCUUUUUUAAUUUCUUUUUUUCCCAGUCACAGUGAAUGCUUUUGUUUCGGUGAGCUAGACUGGCAUGGGGGCAUUGGAUCAUGCAGUUCAUUUCACUAAA